AUGUCUCCACAUCAAAAACAGUGGCUAAUGCUGCCAUGGCUACUCCUCGUAGCGUGGAUCCAGCCUACCUACGGAUACAGCUCCGCUCUCUAUGCCUUCGCCACCGACCGAACGACCCAAGUUGGAAUCCAGGAUCCUUCCACGGGCAAGAUUUAUUAUAGCAGCUGCAAUAGCGAGGAUACGCCCAUUUUCCCUCUUGACAAGCCGAAUGUCCUCGACACGGAUAAUAAACCACGAAAUGGUACUGCGCUGGCAGGAGCCGGCUGGUGGGAUACGCAAAAGAUCAUUGCAUCUAUUUUCUGGCAGGCAGAGGAUGGCGUUAUUGUGAACGGAUACUAUGAAUGCAAUAUGACAACAGGAAAGCUCAAUCGCAUUGGCGAGUACACCAUCUCGUUGACCGCAGAGAUCGACUCGGUCCAUAGUGAAUCGGGUCUUGCUGUCGACCUGCUCGGGGGUGGAGACGAAGGCGGAUAUCGUGUCUUCUACCACAACGAAGAGAGGCAGAUGAAGAUGAUGUCGUAUACAGACGACACCAAUUGGAUCGACGGAGGCACCGUCUCGCAAGACUCCGCCGAUGGAAUCGCAAUAGGGACUGUCUAUUUUGAUAAGAAGAAUAUGACGGUGGCUUUCCCCAAAGGAACGGAUAAUGUCGAGACGACUCGCCUGAUGAAGAGUGGAAAGUGGAAGCUAGCUGCUUUCCCACAAGAGUUGGCGGGUAAUUACACAAACGAAACCGGUUCAGCCAAGAUCCGCAUGAGCUCUGAUGCAGCCGAUUUCUCACUGCCAGGAUGGAAUUCCUCACUUGCAGCCAUAGGCAUGGCCACAGAUAGAUCACGAACCCGAAGCCUGUUUUACCUCGGCGACGAUAAAGUACUCCGCGAAGCAAUUGCAAUAAAGAAUACCUGGGAGAUGGCACCAAACCGAUCCGAGAGCGUAUGGCCCCUCGCUGAUAGCCCGAGUGACAGUCUGGCAGUGGCGUACCAGCAGAGCCAAGGCAAGACGUGGAUCUACUACUGGUCCAACGAGACAAUUGUGCAGGCACACAAGAACUACGACGGUGAAUGGGAGGAUGCUAUAGUGCUGCCGCAAACGGUUCCCAAGAACGGGACUGAAUCGGAUAGCAAAGACAAAGCCAAGCCAGCAAAGGAAGACGACACCACCACCGAAUCCACAGGAUUGACUGGGGGUGCCAAGGCCGGAAUUGGCAUUGGAGUUGCUGCUGGAGUCCUUGCUCUUGGCGCUUUAAUCUGGUUCCUGAUGAAACGACGUCGCAACAACCAGUCUCCCCAGAAGGAAGAAGUUGCUGUUGAAGCCGGCGGCACACCUAUCACGUAUCCUGCUCCGAAGUACGAGAAAGAUACUUCCAAGCCAGGUGAUGAAACGUCGCCCUCGGAGUUGAGUGGUCAUGGUCAGCCUGCUGAGUUGGACAACCAAGUUUUUUACGAGUUGCCAGGAAACCAUACCAGAUAG